UAUUAUUAUUCUAUUUAUUCUACAAAUGAAAGUGUUUGUUUAUAUGUUUAUUCAAAAUGUUUAAUUACAAAUCGAAAUAAUCAGCCUAAAGCCAACAUUGAACUCCGGAAGUGUGUUGUUCCCCCGCCUCCCCGCAACUUACAAGUCACUAGCUAGCCAUGUAGCUUUUUGUCAGACUCAUGUGGCUACUUUUGCAUUGUUCCCAUCAUCAUCAUUCUGUCACAUUUCGUGGAACUAUGUCUGCUGAAAUGGACAUUUUAAGAGAUGAAGAUCACGAGCUGAAGUACAAGCGCGGGGGACGUUUGGAUAUGAGCCACGGCUUCCUGCACCAUAUCCGCAGGAACCAGAUCGCCAGAGAUGACUAUGACAAAGAGGUGAAGUUAGCCAAAGAAGCUCAGCGGCGAAGGCACACCACAACUCCUCAACGACCCCGGCGACCUGACAUUCAGGUUUACCACCCCCGACAAAGACAUGAAUCGGAGCCGCGGGCGAGCGCCGAGGCGGAAGACUGGAAUGAGAGCGGCUCAAGCACCGAGACGGAGAUGCAGGGAACUGAACUCUUCUGGCUGGACUAUCAGGCGGACUCGGGGAACAUUACGUCCUUCCUCGUGCACAAGGAUGAUAAGCCAGCGAGGGUGGUAGAACGCGUUGCUGAAAAGAACGUCCUGGAUUUAGCCAUGAGGGCGGUCCUGGAGUCUCGCAUCGGAAAGGAGAUGGACAAAAGAAGAGAUAAACGCUGAGGGGGAAAUUGAAGCGUGUAGUUUGCAACGGUCACCGUAGGCAAAGACUUGCCGACAACAUCUUCACCCUGAUGAGCGGGAGGGCUGCAAACUGAGCUGGCGCGAAGGAGGAGCCGGACGAGUGCGUCGCAGGUGUGAGCUCAGAUCCGAUCCGCACUCGUCCUGUGUUUUUGAAAAGGAAGGACGCACGGCUAAAAUCAGCGAUACGGUCAAGGGCUGUCCGGACUGCAUUUCGCUUGUGGUUUUUGCUGCCUCUGAUUCACAUCACUGGGAAGCAUCGUUCAUGUUUACUUUUUGUCGGGAAAAAAAAAAAAAAAAAGCUGUUGACAAAAAAAGACAAUUGCUGGAAGUGGGGAACACCACAGUUUUCUCAGUGAGUUAGUUUGGACCUUGACCAUGUAUUUUGCUGUUUGUUUCAUUACUUCUAUUAUUAUUUAUUUCAUUUCGUUAUGAUUUCUGAUCACAACUUUUUUUUACCCGUUUUACUUUUACUUUUUUUUUUUAAUCUUAUCAUGUCCAGGGUUACUUUUGAAGAAAACAGUCAUACAAUCUCUGUUGUUUUCUACACGUCACACAAGCAAUAAACCACUCGUUUACCGGCA